GGAAUAUGUAUUCCGUAGCAUAAUUGGCAGAAUUUUAUACAAUUCCUGAGGUUGCUAUCGGUUCGAUUUGAUGGCUGAAAGGUUCAAUAACCGCCCGGCGUCUGAUUCCCCGACAAUUUUCAUGCCCGCGCUGCGUCGGACGAGCAUCGUCCCGCGUAGCGAAUGAUAUAAUCCUCAACAACACUGCGAUCAAACAAAACUGCUUCAGCGACACUACGCGGGCGUACAGUCAUAUAAACUUGCUCACACGUCAGAGAACUCACAGCACCUCGAAUUUUCCCCUAGCAAUAUGACGGACAUCCAUUUCAAGCUCAACUCAGGAGCCAGUAUUCCCGCCCUGGGACUUGGGACAUGGCAGAGUCCCGAAGGCCAAGUCCGCGCUGCUGUCGCACAUGCCAUCAAAUCAGGUUACCGACACAUCGACUGCGCCUACGUCUAUGGAAAUGAGAAAGAGGUUGGUGACGGGAUCAAAGAGGGUCUGGCUGCAACGGGCAUCUCUCGAAGCGAGCUGUUCAUUACCACAAAACUAUGGUGCACAUAUCAUACACGAGCAGAGAAGAACUUGGACAUAAGCCUGGGACUCUUGGGCCUUGACUAUGUCGACCUAUACCUCAUGCAUUGGCCGAUUGCCAUGAACCCUGAAGGCAACCACGAGAAAUUCCCCAAACUGGCCGAUGGAUCAAGAGACUUGAUACGAGAAAGAUCACAUGUGGACACGUACAAGGACAUGCAGAAGCUGCUAAAGACCGGAAAGGUCAAGGCUAUCGGAGUUUGCAAUUAUUCCAAACGAUUCCUGGAAGAAUUGGUACCACAGGUGGACAUUGUCCCUGCAGUCAAUCAGAUCGAGAACCACCCACUCCUCCCACAACAAGAGAUCGUUGACUACUGUAAAGAGAAGGGUAUUCACGUCACGGCAUACAGUCCACUUGGGAGCACUGGCAGUCCGCUCAUGAAUGAUCCCCAUGUUGUCAAGCUGGCCGAACAGAAAGGAACAACACCGGGCUGUAUAUUGUUGAGCUACCACAUCGCGGAGGGAAGGUCAGUACUGGCGAAGUCCGUCACGCCAUCUCGAAUCGACGAAAACAAGCACAUCGUUAAGCUGGAGGACAGCGAUCUUGCAUCCCUGGCGGACAUCCACAAGAACGGCGUAACUCGAUUCGUUUAUCCCGAGUUCGGCGUCGACUUUGGCUUCCCAGACAAGUCGUGAUGCUCAACAUAGAAACGCCUGGUUAGACUCUUGAGCAUAGCGACUGGAGUGGGAGGACCUCAAAAAGACAAUGUAUGAGUAUGAGUUUUAUGACGGUCGACUACCUUGCAUCGUAGUCGUCUCGAAUACGUAGAAGGCGUCAUCAUGGUGGCUAUCGUAGCAUUGCAAGACGUUGAGCCCCACGAUCUUCUGGUCACCAUCGUAUGCUAUCGUCUUGCUAUAAGUGGUCGUCGCCUCGUACACAUCACGCUUUACCUUGACGAUGUGAUGCUGAAAUCAACCGCACACAAGGGACAGAGGGUAAGACGAUGC